AUGAUGAACAUGGAAGUAAGCACGACAAAACAGAUCGGCAUUGGGCUGACCGUAUUCGGUGUUUUCUUCAUAUUUCUCGGUGUCCUCAUGUUCCUUGAUUCGGCUCUUCUUGCCAUUGGAAACGUAAUUUUUCAUAUCUUUUGUUCAGUAGGCUUCCUGCCCGGUGUCGUCAGUCUGUUGCGAACAAUUCCAGGAGUUUCCACAAUCACUUAUCUUCCAGGAAUCCGUCAGAUUCUUGAUCGUCUCGCUCCAGAGUCCAGGUACCCUGUAUAA